AUGGUCGUAUGCAAUGUUGAGGAGGAGACGGGCGAGCGUUCCAUUGCUGGUGUGGGAGUGGUCGAGCACCUUACCGAAAUCAAGGAAUUUGUCGUGGCCGGUUUUCAGAGAGCCUCGGAGGUGGGCCCGCUCGCCGGAGAGAAAAUGAGGGGCGUUUGCUUUGAGCUGUGUGAUGCCGUGAUCGACGACCGGGACAGCAUCCUCAGAGACGAGCUCGAGCGACAGAUCAUCGAGACUGCUGAACGUUGCAUGCACGCAGCCUAUCUCUCGGCCACUCCUUGUCUCAUGGAGCCCAUGUACUUGGUCGAGAUUCAGGCGAUUGAGUGCGACCUAGAGCUGAUCCACCAAAGUAUAUACGAGAAGUGUGGACACGUGUUGGAAGAUGCGGAGAUGCCUGGCACACUAUUCUACAAUUUGAAGGCCGUCCUGCCGGUGAUGGAGUCUUUUGAGUUAUUCACCAACCUCCGGGAUAGGACUUCCGGCCAGAUUUUCCAACAAGCGGUGUUUGACCACUGGGCCAUAAUGUAUCCCGACCCGCUGGAUGCCGAAUCCGAGGUGGGUAAGCUGGUGAAGGCAACUAGGAGGAGGAAGGGAUUGGAGGAGAUGAAGCAGCUGUCCGAUUACGAGGAUGAGCUGUGA